AUGCAGGAGCAUGCUUUGUUUCCGCACCUUACAGUAGCGGCCAAUGUGGCAUUCGGACUGCAUGGCCUGGCCCGCAAUGAGCAGGAUGAGCGGGUUAAGCGGUUGCUGGCACUGGCAGGUCUGGAGAUGAUGGCUGACCGAUAUCCACAUACCCUGUCUGGCGGUCAGCAACAGCGUGUUGCUCUGGCUCGUGCUCUAGCGCCGGAGCCGGCGGUGAUGUUGCUGGACGAGCCGUUUGCCAGUAUCGAUGUGCUCCUGCGCAAUCGACUGCGCAGUGAUACGCGACAAUUACUCAAAGCAUCUGCAACAACAGCGUUACUGGUCACCCAUGACCCUGCUGACGCGAUGGCGGUAGCUGAUCGUAUCGCGGUGGUGGUCGCUGGUGAGCUGGUUCAAUUUGGCGAGCCCAAAGCACUUUGGGAGGCGCCGGCGCAUCCUUUUGUGGCUGAAGUUCUGGCGGGUCGCCAGCUGUUUACUGCGGUUUUCACCCAAGGCACCUUGGUCUCGGUGUUUGGUACCUUUGCCACACACGCCACACUGACUGAAAACGCGCCUGUUCAGGUAGCUGUAGCGCCCGCCCGAAUCAAUCUGGUGCCGUCCUCGCAGGGGCAGGUCUCAAUUGUUGAUAUCCGAUUUUCAGGUCAGCAUUUCACGAUUCAACUGGACGCUGCGGGGCAAUUGCUGGAGGCGCAGGUGUCCGAUGCCAGCCACUUCAAGCUUGGGCAAUCCAUUGCAAUUGAGAUUGUCAAUCUUAUCGAAGGCGGCAGUGAUGCGUUGAUAGAACGUAUUCUUGCCGAAGGCGAGCUAAGUCCAGCUGAUAUUCUGAUCACCGUUGAUGCCGGCCGGCUCUGGCGUGCUGCACAAGCUGGCGUUUUUCAAUCCAUAGAUUCCCCAACCCUGAAUGCGCGUGUACCGCAAUACCUCAGAGAUCCGGACAAUCUCUGGUUUGGUCUCUCCAAGCGUGCGCGGGUCAUUGCCUAUCGCAAAUCAGAGGGCCUGCCCGCACCGGUGACCUACGAAGAUCUGGCAAAGCCAGCGUACCGGAACCGCGUCUGUAUGCGUUCUUCUUCGAAUAUCUACAACUUGUCGUUGCUGGCCGGGAUGAUUGAAACAGCUGGGAAUGAGGCUGCCAUGCAAUGGGCGCAGGGUGUUGUGCAGAACUUUGCGCGGGCUCCUCAGGGUAAUGACACCGCUCAACUGCGCGCUGUGGCCAGUGGUGAGUGCGGAGUAACCAUAGCCAACACCUACUAUCUGGGGCGGAUGAUGGCCUCCAGUGAUCCUGCGGACAAGGCUGUGGUGGCGGAGCUGGGAAUUGUUUUCCCCGAUCAGGAUGGUCGCGGUACCCACGUGAAUAUCAGCGGUGCGGGGGUGACGCGUUAUGCGCCAAAUAAACCUGCGGCAAUUGCGUUUAUGGAAUAUCUGACCAGCGAAUUUGCUCAGCGUCUGUUUGCUGAAGGAAACAAUGAGUAUCCGGUGGUGGGAAAGGCUACCGGCCCUAUUUCUGAACUCGGUGAUUUCAAAGAAGAACAGAUUAAUGCUGCGAUCUUUGGCAAGCGGCAGGCCCAGGCGGUGAUGAUUUUUGAUCGGGCGGGCUGGCGCUGA